UUUAAAUCCACCACACAGGGUCAAAUCCAUCUCCAUGACAACAUUUACACAACAGGAAAUUGAAUUUCUACAAAAACAUGGAAAUGAAGUCUGUAAACAGAUUUGGCUAGGAUUAUUUGAUGAUAGAUCGUCAGCAAUUCCAGACUUCAGGGAUCCACAAAAAGUGAAAGAGUUUCUGCAAGAAAAAUAUGAAAAGAAAAGAUGGUAUGUUCCACCAGAACAAGCCAAAGUGGUGGCGUCAGUUCAUGCGUCAAUUUCAGGGUCCUCUGCUAGUAGCACAAGCAGCACCCCUGAGGUCAAACCCUUGAAAUCUCUGUUAGGAGAUUCAACACCAUCAUUGCACCUAAACAAGGGCACACCUAGUCAGUCUCCAGUUGUAGGUCGAUCUCAAGGCCAGCAACAGGAAAAGAAGCAGUUUGACCUUUUGAGUGAUCUUGGCUCUGACAUCUUUGCGGCCCCAGCUCCUCAGUCAACAGCUACCGCCAAUUUUGCUAACUUUGCACAUUUCAAUAGUCAUGCAGGUGGAAGUGCUGGAUCAGUAAAUGCUAAUUUUGCUCAUUUUGAUAACUUCCCCAAAUCCUCCAGUGCUGAUUUCGGAACCUUCAAUACUUCCCAGAGUCAUCAGACAGCAUCAGCUGUUAGUAAAGUUUCAACGAAUAAAAGUGGUCUCCAGACAGCGGACAAAUACGCAGCCCUUGCUAAUUUAGACAAUAUCUUCAGUGCUGGGCAAGGUGGUGAUCAGGGAAGUGGUUUUGGGACCACAGCUAAAGCCCCUGCUGCUUCUGUGGUUUCGGUUCCUAGUCAACCAAGUGCGUCUUCGGACAAGUAUGCAGCCCUGGCCGAGCUGGACAGUGUGUUCAGCUCAGCAGCCACUUCCAGUAAUGCAUACACUUCCACAAGUAACGCUAGCAGCAAUGUUUUUGGAACAGUACCAGUGGGUGCUUCUGCACAAACACAGCCUGCUUCUUCAAGUGUGCCUGCUCCUUUUGGAGCAACACCUUCCACAAAUCCAUUUGUUGCUGCUGCUGGUCCUUCUGUGGCAUCUUCUACAAAUCCAUUUCAGACCAAUGCCAGAGGAGCAGCAGCGGCAACCUUUGGCACUGCGUCCAUGAGCAUGCCGGCAGGGUUUGGCACUCCUGCGCCCUACAGUCUGCCCACCAGCUUCAGCGGCAGCUUCCAGCAGCCUGCCUUCCCAGCCCAAGCCACUUUCCCCCAGCAGACAGCUUUUUCUCAGCAGCCCAAUGGUGCAGGCUUUGCAGCAUUUGGACAAACAAAGCCAGUGGUGACUUCCUUUGGUCAAGUAGCUGCAGCUGGAGUAUCUAGUAAUCCCUUUAUGACUGGUGCACCAACAGGACAGUUUCCGGCAGGAAGCUCAUCGACCAAUCCUUUCUUAUAGCCUCCUGUAGACACUUUACUGGAACGGACUUUGAUGUGGUCACAUUACAUCUCUCCGCCUCUUGCACUGUUGUCUUGUUUCACUGAUCUUAGCUUUAAACACAAGAGAAGUCUUUUUAAAAGCCUGCAUUGUGUAUUCAGCACCAGGUGAUAUGUGCAAAACAGAGGGCUCCGGGAACAACUUUUAACCUGUGAAUUGGCAGAAGUGGUAGCAGUAUCGUGUAUAUUAAAAAUUGGCUAAUAUUAAGUUAUUGCAGAUACCACACUCAUCAUGCUGCAGUCCUGUACAUAUUUUUUCUUAGAAAUUAGCUAUUUGUGCAUAUCAGUAUUUGUAACUUUAACACAUUGUUAUGUGAGAAAUGUUACUGAGGAAAUAGAUCAGCCACUUUUAAGGUGCUGUCAUAUACCUUGGAUUGAAUGACCUAAAACCAUUUUAACCAUUGCUACUGGAAAGUUACAAGUCAGAAUUGGAA